GCUGCAUUGUGGGAUGGAGGAUCGGAGGCGGCGGGGUCUCUGAUGGCGGCGACUCCCGUACAGUUGAACUGGCGACGAGUAUCCUCAUUUACCGGCCCGGUGCCUCACUCUAGGCACGGACACAGAGCAGUUGCCAUCCGGGAACUUAUGAUCAUCUUUGGGGGCGGUAACGAAGGCAUCGCGGACGAGUUGCAUGUUUACAACACUGUUACAAAUCAAUGGUUCUUACCAGCUGUACGAGGGGAUAUUCCACCCGGGUGUGCUGCUCAUGGAUUUGUCUGCGAUGGAACCAGAAUCUUGGUCUUUGGAGGAAUGGUUGAAUACGGAAGAUACAGUAACGAACUUUAUGAGUUACAGGCAAGUCGUUGGUUAUGGAAGAAAUUGAAGCCUCAGCCUCCAUCUUCACGAUCUCUACCCUGUCCUCGUCUGGGACACAGUUUUUCCCUCCAUGGAAACAAGUGUUAUUUGUUUGGUGGCCUGGCAAAUGAAAGCGAAGAUACCAACAAUAAUAUUCCUAGGUACCUUAAUGACUUAUUUGAACUUGAGCUCCGUCCAGGAACUGGAGUUGUUGGCUGGAACAUCCCAUCUACAAAGGGAACCCCACCAUCUCCAAGAGAGUCCCACUCUGCUGUUGUAUAUAGUAGAAAAGAUAAUGGAAAAUCAAAGCUAUUUAUUUUUGGGGGAAUGUCUGGAUGUCGACUUGGUGAUCUUUGGGAACUUGACAUUGAAACAAUGGCAUGGACUAAUCCAAGCAUUAAAGGUGCUGCCCCUCUGCCACGCAGCCUUCACACAGCAAAUGUUAUAGGAAAUAGAAUGUAUAUAUUUGGUGGCUGGAUCCCCCACACAAUGCAUGACGCAAAUUCUACUCAUCAAGAUCAGCAGUGGAAGUGUACCAGCUCCUUUUCAUACAUGGAUCUGGACACUACAGAGUGGGUUACUAUAAUGACAGACUGUCAGGAAGCCAAUAAAAAUUGUCCACCACCAAGAGCAGGCCAUUGUGCAGUGGUGAUUGGCAAACGCCUGUAUAUUUGGAGUGGAAGGGAUGGUUACAGAAAGGCAUGGAAUUAUCAAGUUUGUUGUAAUGAUCUGUGGUACAUUGAUACUGAAAAGCCUCCUUCUCCCUCACAAGUCCAGUUAAUCCGAGCCUCUACAAACUCCUUUCACUUAAAAUGGGAUGAAGUACAAUCUGUUGAAGGAUAUCUUCUGCAGUUAAAUCCUGAGUCAAUAACGUCCUCUAUCUCAGGAACUAUUGCUCCCAUCAGUGACAUUGUCACACUUGACUCUCAAGCUAACAUCAACAAUGUAAAUACCACAUCACUCAACUUACUUAAUGGUGGGCAUGUAUGUUCACAAAGUGUAUUGGAGAGCACUGAAAACCAUGUCUCUCCCCAGCAAACUGUGAAUUGUAUAUUUUCUUCUGGGCCGAAAGUGGACAUUUGUCACCAAAAUAGCAGCAAUAAUCCAGCCAACCACAGUUUAUCAUCCACUGAUUUGCCUCAAGCAGCAGCUGCAGAUCAAGAAGUUGUGGAUAUGAAAAUAACAGUGACUGAGAAACAGGCUCUUUCUGGUGCAGUAGUAGAGUUAAGUGGAAAAUUGUGUGGAUCCCCUAAACCCAAAUUGAUAGGUUCUCAAACAUCAUCAAAUGUGAAUGAUGUUCAUGACACGGAUAUAGGAAUGUUGGCACCUGAAGUUUCUGCAUCCUGCAUUGUCUCCAGUGCACAAAAUAUGGUAACCCAGCAGGCCAUUAAAACUGAGUCAUCCAGUACAAAUGGGGCACUUGUUAAAGAUGAAACUUCACUAACAACAUUCAGUACAAAACCCGAAGUUAAAAGUUCACCUUUGCUGCUGCCUGCUAGCGAUACAGUUUCAUCACAAUCAUAUAACUCUCACGUUCAAACAACAACUGUGAAUUUGUCUAAACAGAGAACAGCAGUGAAAAAGGGACAGAGGCAGUGGUGUGAUGUGGGGAUUUUUAAAACUAAUAGUGCCGUGGUUACACAAUUCUUUAUACUACCUGAAGCAAAGGAGAAUUCAUCGGACAAGGGUGGUGAAGACAUUGCAGAUUAUACAUUAUUGAAAAGGCAUGAUUUGUUACCUGGAAGUGUUUACAGAUUCAGAGUUGCAGCAAUUAAUAACAGUGGAAUAGGUCGUUUUAGUAAAGUCAGUGAAUUUAAAACUUGCAUUCCUGGUUUUCCUGGUGCACCAUCAUCUGUCAAAAUUACAAAGAAUGCAGAUUGCAUCCAUCUUUCUUGGGAGACUCCUUCCUCACCCACUGGGAACAUUUUAGAAUAUUCUGCCUACUUGGCCAUACGCACCUCACAGGAUCCUCAAACUGUAAAUCAGUUGAUGUUCAUGAAAAUUUACUGUGGGCUAAAAACAUCUUGCACUGUAACAGCUACACAGCUGUCAAAUGCUCAUGUUGAUUGCAGCUCCAGGCCUGCUGUGGUGUUUAGGAUUUCUGCAAAGAAUGAAAAAGGUUACGGGCCAGCUACUCAAGUCAGAUGGUUACAAGACUCAUCUAAAACUAGAAAAGAUGCAAAGAACAGUGAUAAGCCGUGUGUCACACCACCACAAAGCCGAGAAAACAGCAAUUUCAAAAUGGAGGGUCCUUAACAAUUUAGAGAUGAAGAAGACCGGACUUCCAAGUGACUUUGCCACUGGUGCAACUGGAAAAAGAUAUUUUUAUUUUGAAAUAUAACUGUUUCUCAUUUUGUAA